UUGAUGCUGCACACCUUUAAACAUGACCUAACUCCAACAUUUGUUUAAUGACGUGCCACAAUUGCCCACGUAGCAUUAGCACAUUUAUUAGGACUGAAAGGCAUGACAUGGCAUGACAUAGCAGAGGCACUGAAACGCGUUAGAACUAAAGCUACCAUGUUAUUAUUACGUUUGGACUAUUUCGGGUAUGUAUGAUUAUUAACACAUGGAUGGAUGGAUUAGAGUCUUGACAAACAGGAUGUCUGAGUCAAAACAACAAAUGGUUUAUAUGUCAUGAAGGGCGGGCUGUUUAGUGUGUCCAGAGGAGACUGCGUCUUAAUUUAACCUAGAAAAGUUAACUCGUAUCGUAUUCGGUGGUGAAACGAAGGAAAAAAACAACACAUUUUUGUACUAUGAGGUUUAAGUAUUUGCUUCGAGCAAAUCUUCGUCUUUAGGUCCUUCUGAAGCGACGCUGCGCGCGCGCACACACACCUUUAACAGGUGUUAAAGUGGCAAGAACUAGUGAUAUUUCUGAGCUUCCUAUGAGGAAAAUGCUUCAAGGUUGAGACAGGUGGCAACAUGAGCUCACACGUUCAGGAGUUAUUUCAUGAAAAUGCCCAGGGCUCUCAGAUGAAUGCUCAGCCAUGGUGGAAGGUGAAACUGUUUGUGUGGGAGCCUGUCCUGUUUGGCACCUGGGAUGGUGUCUUUACAACCUGCAUGAUCAACAUUUUUGGUGUAGUGCUUUUUCUCCGCACCGGAUGGCUUGUAGGUAACACUGGGGUGCUCCUGGGCAUGCUCCUGGUGUCACUUGUUGUGCUGGUUGCACUGGUGACGGUUAUGUCGGGUGUGGGUGUGUGUGAACGGUGUACUGUGGGCAAUGGGGGCGUAUAUUCCAUGAUCUCCAUGGUUCUCGGAGGAAGAGUCGGAGGCACUGUUGGACUCCUCUAUGUGUUUGGGCAGUGUGUGGCUGGAGCCAUGUACAUCACUGGCUUUGCGGAGUCCAUAGCCGAGAUGCUGACUGUUCAGAGUGUUUGGGCUGUCCGGGGGAUCUCUGUGGCUGUCCUCCUGGGCCUGCUUGGGAUUAACCUGGCUGGAGUAAAGUGGAUUGUCCGGCUGCAGCUCGUCCUGUUGGCCAUACUUGCUGUAUCUACUCUGGAUUUUGUAAUUGGAACCUUCAGCCAUUUGGACCCAGAGCAUGGAUUUGUUGGCUAUUCUGAAGAGCUUUUAUGGAGGAAUAUUCUGCCUGACUACACAGCUGGAGAAACUUUCUUUACUGUUUUUGGGGUUUUCUUUCCUGCUGCAACAGGUGUGAUGGCGGGGUUCAACAUGAGUUCAGAUCUUCAUAAACCAGAGCAUAGCAUACCUUUGGGGACCCUGGCAGCUGUGUUCAUCUCGUGGUUCCUGUACCUUGUUUUUGUGUUCUUGCUGGGAGCCAUCUGUACCAGAGAUGCUCUACGCUAUGAUUUCUUAAUAGCAGAAAAGGUCUCCUUGGUGGGUUUCCUUUUCCUGUUGGGUCUCUAUGUCUCUUCCCUGGCCUCUUGCAUGGGUGGUCUGUAUGGAGCACCCAGGGUCCUGCAGUGCAUCGCCCAAGAGAGAGUAAUCCCAGCUCUGUCUUUCCUGGGACAAGGGAAGGGUCCCAAUAAAACUCCAGUAGCAGCCAUUUGUCUAACAAGCUUACUCUCCAUGGCCUUCAUCUUCAUUGGUCAGGUCAACAUUCUGGCUCCUAUUGUUACCAUCAACUUCAUGCUGACCUACAGCAUCAUCGACUAUUCCUAUUUCAGCGUAGCCAUGAGCUACAACCUACAAGUUAAGGAAAGCAGGCCUCUCAUUGAAAAACCCUGCACUAGAAAACCACUAGUAACAACUAAUCACCCAUGUUAUGGCAGCAAUGGAGCUCUGAGCAAGUGCAACAAUGGCACACUGCUUGAGUUCACUAAAGACAUGGACCAGAUAUUUACAUUGCCUAGUGCAGACAGUACAGAGGAAGAGAAAGCUUCCAAUCAUGUAGCCAAGGUCUGGGGCAGGAAGGCAAAGGUUCCUGCUAAAGAAACACUGAGCAGUAGUUUUGGGCUGGAUUUGAACAGCAACAGCCCAUCAGUGAAGGAAAAGGAUGGCCCAGAUGAUGAGACCAGCAGUCAGACAGGUCUUAUUGAGUGUGAGCCAGGAGGGAAGAGGAAACUGUCUCUGCCUACUCAAAGUCCUAUUGAACUCGAUCAGAUACCAGGGGAGACGGCAGACACCAAUGACACAAAAAAUAAACUGGAGGGAUCAGAUAUCCGACCAGUCUCAAAUUCAUGUUAUGCCAAGUUUUGCAAUCACUGGGUUUCCUUAAUUGGUGCUCUGUGCUCCAUUUUGAUAAUGUUUGUCAUCCAGUGGGUGUAUGCCUUGGUGAAUAUUAGUGUGGCCCUCCUUCUUUAUCUCUACAUAGGAAACACAAGCCCAGGUUUACCAACAGGUAUAGCAGCACAUUUCAGCUUUUACCGCUGGAUAAAGAGUUCUCUGAGUAGCCUGGGCAGGCCACACCAAGCGCUUCAAGACCAGAUUGUGGUGACACCGUCUUUGUCAGCAGUUGACAUGGAAACCAGACAGUUGACGGAGGAAAAUACAGACUUUGCCUUGCGAGACCGCUAUCACCAUUCAUCUGUUAUCACCACCAAAGAAGAGAUGGUUCAUCCUCAGCUUCAUUAACCAGCCUCACCCUAUUCAGAUUGGCCAACAUAUAACGUUUUAAAAAACUUUCAGAUGAUUCAGAAUAAGUUUACAAUCAUUAUUGACAAGUGUUAAUAGCUGAUCUUUGAUUGGUACUUCUUCUCUGACGUGUCUUCAUGACAACUAGAUUGAAACACAAUGUAUGAACUGUAAACACAAAAAACUGUAUGAACACAAUGUUUGAUGGCUAUAAUACCUUGAGGUCUGAAAGGAUAAUGUAAAAAUAUGGAUGAUGCUUGAGUUAAUUUGUUCAAUUGAACUCUUUUCUUCAUUUAUUCAUUUUAAGAAUAUUGCUUAUCCCAGUAAGGAUUGUGGUGGAUCCCGAGACUGUCCAGAGAACCGUGUUUGGGAAGCCAUACACAAGAAACUUCAGAAGCUAAUUCACACCUUGGGCAAUUCAGCUACCUUUAGGAAGAAAAUCUAAUUAGACAUAGGAAGAAUCUGUGAAGCUCCAAACAAACACUAACCCAAGCCCUGAAACACAAGCUGUGAAGUAUGGCAUUUCUUUCAGUAUACCAUGAUUCUGUGUUAUCAUCUGGGAAAUCAGAAGUAUGUGAAAUGACGAUUUAUAAGAAGUGCAAUAGAAACUAGUAUAUUGGCGUUAUUAUAGUUGUGAAAUUCUUCAUAGGCUGUAUGUUAUUUAUAUUUAAAUGGGUGUUUUGUACAGUAUGGCAGAUAAAGAUAAAAAUAUGUUCCUCAUAUUUGCACUUUGCUAAACUGGUGUGUUAGUAAACAAACCUCUCCACAUGAUAAUUCACCACCUUGCUGAGUAUUUGGCUGCAUGUUAUAUUACAGAGACAUUUCUAUUAAUAAUGUAUGCUAAUCAAGAAUAACUUGUAACCACCUAGCCAACAUAGAAAACCAUGCAAAUUAAUUGUACAAAAAAGAAAAUUUCUCAUAUUUCAAAAUCAAACACAUACCCACUCCACAUUCUCGGUUAUACUCUGUGUUUCUAUAGUAUAACUGACCUUGUAAAGAAAACGGUUGCAUGAUUUUUAGCAGCAGUUAAAAGUAAAAACAUUUAUUUGCUUAUAGAAUCACAUUCUCUGUAUUAGCUCCCAAAUUAAACGUGAUUGAUGACUUAUAAAGUGCUUGAAUGAUACGUGAGUAAUCUAAAUCAGUGUUACUCAUUGUGCGGCUCGCGAGCCUCCUGCGGCUCGCCAAGCUUUAAUAUGCGGCUCGCAUGGCAGUAAAUAAUACGAUGAUAUGAUCAUGUGGUUAAAAUUUAUUUUUCAUUUAUUCAUUCAUUCAUCUUCUACCACUUAUCCGAACCACCUCGGGUCAUGGGGAGCCUGUGCCUAUCUCAGGCGUCAUUGGGCAUCAAGGCAGGAUACACCCUGGACGGAGUGCCAACCCAUCGCAGGGCACACACACACUCAUUCACUCACACAAUCACACACUAGGGAAAUUUUCCAGAGAUGCCAAUCAACCUACCAUGCAUGUCUUUGGACCGGGGGAGGAAACCGAAGUACCUGGAGGAAACCCCCGAGGCACGGGGAGAACAUGCAAACUCCACACACAAGGUGGAGGCGGGAAUCGAACCCCAACCCUGGAGGUGUGAGGCGAACGUGCUAACCACUAAGCCACCGUGCCCCCCUAUUUUUCAUUUAAAUAACAUUAAAAACAAUCAGGGAAGCAUAGAAAAAUGAAUGUGCUCUAUUACAAAUAAUAAUAUAUAUUUAUAUAUAUUAUUUGACUCGUCACUGACUCACUGCGUUCUGCGCAAUAGCCAGUUUUUGGCGGCCUGCCAGAAGCUAGUUUGUGUUUCAUGCUAGUUAACAACUUAUGUUUACUGUACACACGGAAUUAAA